CCCUGCGCUGCUCUGACACCACCCCCCUCACCUCCUUAGUUACUUGUUUUCUCUCCUCGUUUGCUUGCUUUCGGCUCCUAUGCCUUGUCUCAUCUCGUCUCGCCACCGCACUGGGUGGGACUAAGCAAGACCCAGUAGAUUGGGCCUCUGGGAAGCGACCGUCUUGUUGGGAGAUGAGAAUGCGGGACUAGAAUGAUGGCCAAUACGGUGCAGAAGCAUUGGUAGAGGCAAUGUGGGUGCAUAGGGUGACACGCUUCGGCGGCUAGGAAUGGAGCUGUAAUCCUGCUUAGCAGAGUUGCAGUGUGUGUGUGUGUGAGAGUGGGUAUGUUGUUGCUAGCGGAGCGUAUCGAGUAGUUUGCAGGUGGAGCGGGUAAUUGCGUAUCCCUUUGGUUGGCACAUGCAUAAAUGUGUGUUCACAUGGUUUGGUCAUUUUGGGCGGGACGUGGAGCGUGGAGCUUUGAGGUCGUCGAUACUGUGGGUCCAGUGUGGGGGUACUGAGGUGGUGGAGGAGGUUUAGCGGGUAGUUGUGAGUCAGGAGCGCGUGGAGAUUUGAAUUCAGAGCAGGUGGAUAGAAAGUGGAGGCGAGGACUUGUCGUGUUAAGGUUUAUCAGGGUCUCGACUCCGCGGCAGGUCUAGUUAUGCCGUCUUCAUCGAGAGGGGUCACAAUGCUCGCAUUGUACCUCAUCUCUAGAGCUCGGAGUACCGAUUUACUGGAACUGGUUCCUCUGGGAGAGAACUCAAUGGUACAGAAAGGCUUCAAGUGAAGUAAAGUAAUUUGCGUUCAUUGUAGGGCAUAUAUGGAUGUUGCGGCUUUGAAGAGAUUAAUCAGGGUUGCAGAGGACUAGACCUUGAGCAGGUCGCCGCGCUUGCAUUAGAGUAUGGCUUUGGGAACACUUGCAAGAAGAAAGCAUUAAGAGAUUCUUGCAAAAUGAGGAUCAGGACGAUGUGGUGGGCUGCGGCCUUCACGCUCGUGGCAUAUCAGUGUUUUAUCGUGACUAUGGCGCUGAUGGAUAGCGAGGCGCAGGCAAUGCAACAACUUCGGAUGGGGUUGCAAGUGCAACGAAGCUCGUGGCCUCCAUCCGAGGAUCCCUGUACAAUGUGGCAAGGGGUGCAGUGUGCGGGCGAGCACAUUGAUAGUAUCGACCUGAGCGGUCUUCAAAGAGUGUCCAAUCAACCCUUCUCCACUGUUUUGAAUGGCCUCCAGGCAUUGGUCUACUUGCGAGAGCUCAAUGCUUCAGGGUUUGCUUUGGGGCGUGCACUCCCGGACUGGUUCACGACCCUCAGAUUCCUACAAAUUCUAGAUCUCACGGAGACUGCGUUGGAAGGGACCUUGCCCCCCGCGCUGGGGAAUUUGUCAAGCUUGACUGUCCUGACUCUUGCAGUGAAUAACAUUACUGGAUAUAUUCCGGAGUCUGUUGGCAACAUUGUCAACCUAACGACCCUUAACCUGUCGCACAACAAGCUGGAGGGUCCAAUUCCUCCAUCCCUAUUUAAUGCCACAUCUUUAGUUUAUGUAGACCUUUCUUAUAAUAAUCUCACAGGGGUGUUACCAACAACAGUGGGCAACCUCUUGAACUCGCAAUUCUUCAUUGCGUCGCACAAUGCGCUUACGGGGCCCCUUCCGUCACAGCUGGGGAACCUCUCCCGCUUGACACUGCUAGAUUUGUCCUCUAAUAAUUUCUCGGGUGCAUUAAUCCCUGACCUUGGGAAGCUGAAGAGCCUCAACUUCUUAUCCUUGGCGAAGAAUAACCUCUUCGACGCAUUUCCGCCUGAAAUCAGUCAAUGCACGGGGCUGCGCACACUCAUCCUGCGGGAAAAUCGAGUAGAAGGGGUGCUGCCAUCAACAAUAGGUGAUUUGAAAGAACUUGUUGUGCUAGACGUCUCAAGCAACCGGAUUACAAGUCUCUUAUCCUCAGGGUUGGGCUCUAUCGAGUCGCUUGCGAUUGUCGAUAUUUCUCACAAUUACUUCUACGGACCCAUUAUUGACGAGCUCGUGUCCCUUCGAAACAUUCAGUCCCUGAACCUUUCCCACAAUUUUUUCAAUGGCAGCCUACCAGUGGGACUUCUGCCCACUGCCGUGGUGAAGAAGAAUUGUCUCACUGGUUCUCCAGGGCAGCAUGCACUCCGGACCUGCCAGCGGUUCUAUGGCAAGCGGGGUGUAGUAUUUGGAGCGCCGACUGCCCCUCCAGCCUCGAAUGGAAUCCCCGUCCUGGAGCCACCCUCUCAGGGUUCUCCUGGCGGGAAUAAAACUGGGAUCAAGCAUCUGGUUCCCAUUCUAUCUGGCGUCCUCGGUGGUGUGGGCUUGAUCUUUCUGGUCGCAUCAAUUAUCUUUUGCUGCGUUCGAUUUGGAUUCUGGGGCAAGAAGAAGGGUGAAUCGGGUAGGACUCAUGGUAGCGUUGGCAGUGUUAGAGGCGGUUCAGCUCGCGCUACGGCUCCUGCCGUCCCCACUAGCCGGAUGGGGGAGGUCUUUACAUAUGAGCAGCUGCAGAGAGCCACGAAGAACUUCGCCAUCGGAAACCUGAUCUCCAAUGGCCACUCUGGGGAUUUGUAUAGAGGGGUUCUAGAGAGCGGGGCAAUGGCAGCGAUCAAGAUGAUAGAUCUCACCAAGGUGAGAUUGGAGACGUAUCUCCAGGAGCUGGAAGUGCUGGGACGCGCGUCCCACACGCGGCUUGUGCUGUUGCUGGGGCAUUGCCUUGAUCGCGACGACAAAAAGUUUCUGGUUUACAAGUACACACCGAAUGGAGACCUGGCCUCUGCCCUGCACAAGAAAGGCAGUCCCGGUCCUUGUGAGGAUGUAUUGCAGAGCUUGGACUGGAUCACUCGCCUCAAGAUUGCGAUCGGUGUUGCGGAGGCUCUCUCCUAUCUGCACUCCGAAUGCUCCCCGCCUAUAGUUCACAGGGAUGUGAAGGCAAGCAGUAUCCUUCUGGAUGACAAGUUUGAGGUUCGGCUUGGGAGCUUGAGCGAUGCCCGGGUGCAAGAUGGGGACCCACAUCCUAGCCGAAUCACCCGUUUGCUUGGCUUGUCACAAUCGUCAGACCAAGGAGAUGCAGGUGUAGCAGUUUCAACCAGUUCUGAUGUCUACAACUUCGGAAAGGUGCUAUUGGAGCUUGUGUCCGGAAAACUUGGCAUAAGCGGGUCAACAGGGGACCCCCGGAGCGAGGCUUGGUUGGAGUGGGCUCUUCCGUUGAUAAGUGUUCACGACAAGGAGUCCUUACCCAAACUAGUAGACCCUUCUCUAAUCGUCGAUGAAGACUUGCUUGAAGAAGUUUGGGCCAUGGCAAUAAUUGCCCGCGCUUGUCUCCAUACUAAACCCCACAAGCGUCCCAGUAUGCGGCACGUAUUGAAGGCCCUUGAGAAUCCUCACAAAGUGGUGCGGGAAGAGAAUUUCGGAGAGUCUUUGGCCAUGCGGACCUCCUCUCACAGCUCAUGGAAUGAAGCCAUGUUUGGAAGCUGGCGCCACAAGCACAACAACAACAAUUUGUCCAUGUCACGCUUGGGGGACGCAGAAGCGUACCAUGGCUCGCUGCCAGUUGCCAAGGCCACGGGGGUGUCAUCCUCCAGCGUUUUCCGAGGGGACGCCCCCCCAGGGCAUGCCAGGCGAGGCUCAAGUGAUAUUGUCCCUGAGCCCAUCGAUGAAGAUACACCGCAUGGCUCCCAAUGACACAAACAUUAUCUGGAAUCUGGAAUUUAUUAUCUUCGUCAACGACCCAGCAGCAUCUUUGAAGACUGCAGAACAAUUUAGAGCUCUUUGCUAUUCUUCCAUUUCCCCUUGUAGGGAAUUUAACAAGGGGUUGCUUGUACCACGAACUCAGGCUCCGCAACCAUGCUGCCGUGCAGGCUGGAAGAACUUGUGUGAUCUUAGAUUGGUCGAGAUGAGGCCAAUCGCUGAAGCGAGGGCGUGAAUGUGGACUUGGCUCCAAUUGGUUAUUUUGGUCUCCGGAUGUGAAGGAAGCUAAGUUUUUAUCAUUUCUGUAAGGCUGAGCUACCUGGGUCUGCUGUAGAAAUGCAAAGUCAAGGUGAUCCAGAUUUUUCCAAUUAUUCUUGGGCUUUUGAAGCCAUUCCAUUAGAUUGUUCAAGAUGGGUACAUGACGGCACAUCUCGAAAAUUUCCAACGCAUUGAUUGAUUUUUCGGACCGACCAUUAAUUGUGAUUGAUUCAUCUCUCUGCUAACCAGAUCUUUUUUUUUCCAA